UUGCAAUUAAAGUGACUGGGUGUGGUACCUUAACGAAUGAUGAUUUGACACCAGCUGCAUUUUCAUUGGCAAAUCCUAAUAAUUCUGUUCAAUUCAAUGCUGUAGCUGGAGGGACGCAUCAUGGAUACUGGUACAGACCAGACUAUCAUUCCGCUGGUUCGACUUAUAUACAUAGUCCGGGUAUGCGUUAUGUUCCUCUUGGUAAUUUUUGAACAAAAUUCAGCUCAUUCUUUACGAGGAUAUGGGCUCCUAAUAUAUAAAGACUAUUUUCCAAAUACGAUAAGCUAUGGAAGCGUAUCAAACUUUAGUCAAUCUAUAUUUAAUGGAUUCUUUGCAUGGAACAAUAAAAAGGGGGCAAUUGCUGGAAAUAUCGGAAAAGUUCAGUUUGUAAAUUUCAUACUUAUUCAAAACCGUCUUGCUGGAAUUGAGAUUAAUACUAUUUCAAAUGUGCCAAGGUACACGUCUGAAUCUCCAUCUAUACUAAACAGCAUAAUAGCCGGAAAGGCAAAUAUACAUCAAUCAAAAGAUCAUGGUUGUACAAGCGGAGGAAUAAUAUUGCCUCUUGGUAGAGGUUUUAUUGUCCAAAAUGUCAUUUUUAGCAACUUCAAUGACAGUAAUAGUGCAGCUUUUCGUUGGACACGAAAUGUUCCCCGCCAUUGUAGCCGUAACUGUGGUGGAUUUACCUAUCAUCUUGAGGGUAUAAUGUAUAUUAACGUUCCAAAUAAAGCCAUCUUUUAUUGGGAUUGGGAAGGCAUUUUGUUGGAUAUAGACGGAUCUUCAACGAUGAAAUCAAACAGUUAUUGGACAGUAUUACCAACUACAGGAACUAUUCCACCUGACUGUGAACAUGCAGAAGAAUUUAGUAUUGGCAAUAAUGCAAGCAUUUGUCCUCCAAAUUAUAAAUGGAGCAGAUUUGCUUUUAAUAGUUACCAUGUAAACUCGAAACAUAUAACAGGAAUAACUUUCACUAUUGCAAACAUCUACGGAAUCAGUUCACUGCCAUAUAUAUAUCGGGGAUUUACUCAUCAAAAAGGUUGGAUGUGUGCCUUGUUAAGCAACACGUCAUACAAAUUGCAUGUUGAAAACAUGUCUCCAGCAAACAAUAUAAGCUAUCGUGGCAUGAUUUAUGAUUUUAGAAGAGAAGAUUUCCUUUUUAUAACAAUGAACAUUCCGGAUUUUCCGGAUUAUUUUUCGAUUGGUGGAGGAAAAAAUAAUGCCACAACGGAACGUAUUAAUCACGAAAACAGUACGUUUGGAGAAUGGAAUUGGCAUAAUUUCAAAAAAGAACUGACAUUCAUAGUGAAGGAACCUGCAGAAUCAUCUAUUCAACACCAAUCUGAACAUGAUACGGUCGAUAUACCAAUCGAUUUAGGAAUCUACAAGUGUUUUUACAUAGACUGUGUACCACCUCCUGAUCCAAAUAUAUCUCCGCCUGUAAAUCACACACCACUGAACUAUCAGUACUGGCAUGACAAAAGUAUCUGGAACCGCACGAAUGAUGGCUAUAUGACAAAUGUUGGCAAGAUUGGAAACCAUUUACCAGUAGAUUUUGAUAAUGUUAAAAUUAUAUCAUAUACGUGGGUAUUAGUUAAUUUCACAAAUAUAUGCAAGCUCAACACACUUCUACUCUAUGGUGUUCUUGAAUUUGUCAAUGGCCACGAUGCAGCUUACACUAUUGAGGCUGGGCUUAUUAUCAUCAAAGGGGGACGACUCAUUAUAGGCUGGCCCGAUAAUCCGUUUAUUGGGCAUGCUAGCAUUAUUAUGUAUGGCAAUGAUUCACUAUCAGCUUUCAAUCCGAAAACCGGUGUUUUACUUAGGAGGAAAACAAUCGGGGUUUUUGGAGGCUUUGAUCUAUUUGGGAGAGAAACAGGAACAUCAUGGACAAAUUUAAAGUUUUCAGCAAAUACAGGCGAUAGAAAAAUUGUACUUUCUGAAAAAGUGCAAUGGUUAAAAGGUGAUGAAAUCGUAAUUAGUCCUACUGGAUUCGGUCCAUGGCAGUCAGAAACUUUCAAGAUCAUCUCUAUUGGAAAUGACCAAAGUACAAUUGAAUUGAAUGAUACGCUAAAAUUUAAACACAUAGUUCACAAAGAAGUGUUACAAAGUGGACAAAUCAUCACACUAAAAGCAGCAGUUGGUCUUCUAACACGGAACAUAAAAAUCGUCGAUGCGAAUCCGAAAACAGUAGGUGGAGCACGUGUGCUAGUUGGUCUAUUUAAAGACAAUGGUAAAACAUAUAAAGGUUACACCAGACUGUCGAACGUGGAAUUCUAUCAUACAGGAAGUAAAAAUUCAUAUCCGAGUCAUUCGUUAACGUUUAUUGAUGUUGGACAGGUCAAUUAUAUCAAACCAUCGGUUGUUGCAAAUUGUUCAUUUCAUAAAAGUAUCAGCACAGCUAUAGGCCUAAUAGGAAUCAGAAACAUAAGUCUUGUAAAUAAUGUGGUGUACGAUGCCUAUGAUAAUGGAAUAAUGACGGAUGCUCUAUCUACAAAACUUGUACGAAACCUGGUAAUUAAGGUCAGAAACGUAGGUAUUGAUGCAAUGAAAUCGCAAAAUCUAAUUUUGCAAGAUAAUCAUGUGACAAGUUCAAGUAAAAUAGCAUAUCAUGUUCCUGCUAUAGGCUGUGACGACACUGGAAAUAUAUACAGAAACAAUAAGAUGUAUUCAAACGUUCGUGGGGCUGUUUUGUCAAACGGAUAUUUUACAAAUUCUAUGUGUGUCAAAAUAAUGGGCUUUGUCGGUUGGAAAAACAUUAACAUUGGUUUAUUGUAUCGGGGGCAUACAAUUCAAGCUGUGUUUGAAGAAAACAUUCUUAUUGAAAAUCAAGUUGGGUUAAGCGCUGAUAUUCUAAGUAACCGCUACAGGCGACAAAGCUAUAUUGAUGUGUAUGUAAAGAUAAGAAAUAUAACAUUUAUUGGGCAGACGUCGUCCUUUCAUUGCGGCGAUAUGGUUUGGUUUCGCUCGAAUAGAUUCAUGCUUGCUUCGUUUUCCGACAGGGAUUGGCAUUAUUCUGAUGGGAUGGUUGGAAUUGUGUUUCCACAGUUUCAAACUAUCGGUGGAUUCACAAAGUUAGAAAACGUUUCUUUUGUUAAGUACGGUGAAUCUCUAUGUCAAAAAAAUUACGCAAUUACAACAAAUGUUGAAAGUAAUGAGUUGCAGCGUCCAAUGCAUUCUGAAAAUAUAUCACUUUCACAAGUAAGCCAUGCCAACAAAAUCCUAUUUCUUCGGUCACCUAGGACGAGUCAUUUUUCUUGUUACUCAAUGGAAUGUGAUGUUGUGCGAUUUGCUGUGUAUACAGAUAUCGAUGGAUCGUUUCUCCAAACUGUCGGCACUCUGAUUCAAAAGUCAGAACAUACAGAAAUAGACUACUAUCACAAACUUCCUAGAGAAAUGACCACCAUGCUAAAUGGGAGCAGAAUACCUAUAGAGCAAAUAGCUACUUACAGAGGUGUUGUAAGGAACAGCAACUGCACAUUUGAACCAAUGUGGCAAGCAUAUGCCUGCAAAGACGACCUUUCUUUUAAGUUGCUGCUGAUAGAAAAUCUUGACUCAGACGCCAGGUAUCGUCAAAUAUCUCCGAUAGCCUUACUUGCCGAUGGUUAUAUAGAUUUGCUAGACGUUCCUUUAGACAACGGACAGUGCGCACAUCACUUUUGCACGAAAAGAAAUAUUUUGUUCAAUGCUCUUAUAGUUACAGGAAGAUCAUAUAAAAUACAUUUCACAAGAACGACUCCAAGAAAGAUGCGGUACCGACUGUUAAAUACAGGUCCAAGUGAAGGAAUAAAACUUACCGUUUGGUACUCAAGACCAAACAGACUUGAUGUGUUUGUCAAUGGAGACUUUAUAAUUGCUUCAAAUGCGCGAAUUGACAGAUUUGGUAGAUACAUUUUAUCAAUGUCGAGAGGUGUAGAGUUCAUUCCACAAUUAGCGAACAUAUCGGGCACAAAUUAUUUUGAUAGAAGUCGAGGAGAAAUUACAUUUAUUGUUAAGGGAAAAGCACAAAUAGACAUUAUAUCACAGGAAACAUUUAUAGUGUCAUUUGGGUUUCCAGCUUUAUCGUACUCUGAACUCUUUGGCCAAAGUAUUGUAGAACAUCUAGCAGCCUUUUUAGAUAUACCAUUGACUAAAGUGCGAAUAGUAAACGUAGUUUCAGAAUCUAUAAAUGGACGCAGUAAGAGAUCGGAAGAUGAUAAUAUGGUUAUAGAAAUUGAAAUAGGAAAUGAGCCAAAACAAGAAAUGAAUAUGACCAUAGAGGAUUCGAUUGAAAAAUCCGCCCUCGCUGAACUUGUAGCAAAAAUUGUCAACGAGUGUCAGCUUGGAAACAUCUCGAACAUUCUCGGUGAUUCAAUUGUUUGUGGGAAAAUAGAAUUUCCGCCUGAUGAUAUAGAAAUUGCCACUAUCAUUUACAACAAUGAGUAUCCUGUACAUCUUUAUUUCCAUGAUAAACCAGAAGCGGAAUAUGAAAACGUUUUGUUGGAAACUCAGCCAAAAAUAAGAGCUUUUGAUUUUGAGGGUUUAAAUGUAACAAAUCUUGGAACCGUUGAAUACCCUUUGGCAAAUUUCGGUGAUGAUACGAAAUGGUACAGGGCAUCCGCUGGCUGUUUUGAGCGGCAGCCUUGCGAUCAAUUGUACAGACGGAUGGUUUAAUUUUUCUGAUCUUGCAAUUUCUCACAGUGGUCUGGACUACGUAUUGGAUUUCAACAUAAUCUAUCCAAAAGAAGCUGAACAUUUCAUUCUUGAAUCUGAUACAUUUAAUGUAAAUGGGAGGCCAUUAAAGAUUCAUGUCCAGAAUGAAACAAUUGAUGAAAUAUAUGCAUUUGAACAGUUUUCAGUGACGCUUAAUCUUAUCGAUCGAAAAACAGAGGAAACUAUCACAUAUAUACAUUGGCGCGGUCAUAACUGGUUUGCAGAAGUUAGUUUAAUUAAAACAUCGGCGUAUGGCAAUUUAAACGGUAUCUUAAAUACGUCUUUUAAUAUUGACAAUGGUCAAGCUACAUUUGAUAAUCUGUCAAUCAAUGGCAUUGGUCUGUAUUAUCUGAAAUUCGAAGUCAUUUCCGAUCCUCCAGAAUAUGAUAUGUUCACGAAUUUGAUGAUUGCAGUACAGAACCCGAUUCAUGAAAAUAUGACCGCUGAAAAUACAGCUACUAUCAAGCUUAAGUUAAAUGCAAGUUUUGGAGAAAUUCUAACUACGGAAGAUGAACUCAAUGCAUUUGAGCAAACCUUUCUAACAGAGUACGCAAAUAUGUGGCAGGGAGUGAAAUUUCUGAAGGGCUAUGCAUACGCAGGGAGUAUAUCGGUCGAGUUUGCUAUUUGCGGGACAGCUGCAGAAAUCAAUACAAUAAUGUAUGGUAUCUGUAGCCUCAUUUACAACGGAACGAUGUACACUUACAACAACGAAACGUUUGAAAUGCUGCCAUACCUAACAAUCAACAAUGAGGCAUUUUACGGAGUAAAAUGUGGAGCUAUCCCAUUUACUGACAUAACUGACGAACAUUUUGUGACGUCAUGGCUUUUCCUUGUCAGCAUUUCAGUUGUUUCGAUGAUCGUAGUGAUAGCGCUGUUAACGUGUGCCAUUUGGAAAUGCUAUUUCGUUCCCAAAACAAAGAUCCAUGGUGUCAAUUGCAAUAGUUAUACUGAUGUGGAAAAGUUGUCCAUCGAGAAUCUUCUUUAUGUGGAACCUUGUGCAACUGUAUGUACGGCUCGAGUAAACACGGGAAUCAAACCGAAACAGGUGCCUCGUAGUUUUCAGAAUUCUCCUUGGAAAUGGUGAAAGAAGAUGAACUUUGAAAAUGUAACAUAAUAUACGAUUGCACCCGUGACAUUAUCAUAAUUCAUAUAAAUAGCUACUGUGAAUUUUUACCCCUCCCCCCCCUCCAAAUAAAAAGUAAAAAAAAAAAGAAUUAAAUAAAUAAAUGAAUUCAAGCAAUAUAUUUGACAGGUUACAUGGCCUUAUAUAAACGAUUGUUUGUAUAAGGUCACAUUGCAAACAACCGUUCAUUUGCGGCCAUGUUACCUGUUUACAUUAUUUUAACGAAUUUAUAAUACUUUCUUUGUAAGAGAAACAAAUGACACUAAUUCAUAAAUCGACAGCAACCUUAUAAUAAAUAAAUAGAUCAUACAUGUGUAAUCGUCACGAUAAUCAAAUGAAAUACGACCUACACAACGUGCAGUAUUAUAAAAGGAAUCAUCUUUUAAGCCAUAUAGGCAGAAUGACAAUUUUUUUAGAACACAUUUCU